ACGCCGCCCCCUGCCCGCGGUGUUGCUGUCGUCCCCCGGCGUCCGCCGCCCCUCGGGCCGGGCCGGCAAGCUGUGCCCCGCUCACACCCAGUUUGUUCGCUCGGCUCGAGCUGCGGCGACCGCACUCGUCCGCACGUCUUGGGUGGACUGCACUAAUGUAACAACGAGUUUUGACAAGGUCCACUGAGCCUCAUCAGUGCACGAGAGAGUGUAGGUGCGAGUCAAUUUGGAUUCCGGACAUAAGUUACCGGGCAACGGACGAGACGAGUCGCUGUUCCGAGAGUAUGACGUGCUGCUGCCGUCCGCACUUGUAUGGCGAUCUUGAAUGGGAGUUGGUUCAGUUUUGAGUUAGCAGUCACUGUAACGAUUGGUCUCUAGCGUGAGGAGCAGCUCGGGAUUUUUCACCUCUUCACCUCUGAAGACGUCUCCCGCAGUCGAAGAUGAAACAUCAGGAGAAAGUGUUAUACAUCGACCACGGCCUAUCAGCCCGGGAGUUUCAAGUGAAGUCAGUACCGGCCGUGAAAGCGUACACUGUGUGAUCAAGUUGCAGCUGUUUAGCUGCGCACCGGGUGACACACUGCUGUGGGGCGCCAGUCUCCGACCGCUCCUCCCCAAAGUGAGUCGAGGCGCGCACGCGACCAUCGACCACACGCCGGGUCGAUAUUCCCUCGAGGGUAGCUCGCCGCCGGCGUGGCCAACCGCUGGCUUCAGUGUGGGACGCACCUGCCAGCGGACGGCCGCCCAUGUUCCGCUUUCUGGACGGUGUGCUCGUCAAGUUCGCCGAGCGUGAGCUGCAGCUACACGUACGCCUCGAAGCCCUGCAGAGCCAGAGGGAUAAUCUCGCUAAACAGAGGAUUUCAACAGCGGAUACAAUAGAAGUUGCUGAUGCAGAAAGCUUGCAUGAAAGAAGACUGAGAGCUACACAGAGGAAUAAAACGUUACUGAAGGAGCUGGAGGUGUCCGCGGCGAAGCUGAGGUCCCGCACCUGCUACUGCCCCACCGACUCACAGCUGGCCGCCCUGCUCAAGCGCUACUGCGACCACGUGUCCAGGUAGCGGACGCCGGUAUGCAGCAUCAGCAGCAGCAGCAAGUGUGCUGGCUCGGCCCGCCGCUGGACUACUCGUUCCGCGGCCUGCGCGCCGUGGAGGAGCUGUCGGCCAGGGGGCCACGGCGCGGCCGGCGCGGCUACCGCAGGGCGCCCACUGGCCACUACCGCUGCCAGGCGCUGCGCCUCAACAACAACGCCAUAGCCUCCGUGCAGGGGCUCUUCUCUGUCGCCCGCCUGGUGCUGGAGAAACCAGGACAGCUCACAUGGCUGGACCUGUCGUUCAACCAGCUUUCGAGUCUGCCUGAUGACCUGUGCCACUUCUUGGGGCUGAAGAUCCUGUACCUGCACGGCAACCGGCUGUCCGAGCUGUCGCAGGCGCUGCGCGUGCUGUCGCGUCUGCCGCAGCUGUACAGCCUCACCAUGCACGGCAACCCCGUCCAGCAGAGGCCCGACUACCGCGCCGCAGUGCUCGCCGGCCUGCCAGCGCUGCGCUGCCUCGACUUCACCAACGUCACCGCGUCCGAGAGGGCCGCCACCAGCCCGCGGUGACUCAUUUUACCACUCCAGCUGGAAAGCCUACCCAGCAGUGGCCCACAACGGUGCAGCUGGGAGCGUCUGUGUUUGUCGAUUUAUGGUAAUCGACAGUGAGAUUAUUGGUGCCCUGCCAGAAAGGGUACCUAAACUUCAGUGCCUCGACUUCUCCAAUGUUAUUGCAUCCGGGAGGUUGUCGCCAGCGCGCACGAACUCCUGUUCCUGUCGCAGUCGGCAACCCCAUCCAGGAGCGACCCAACUAUCAAACAGGCUGCGCUGCCUUGUCUUGAGUUCACCAACGUCAGUGUCCCUGAAAUGGCCAUCAUCAGCUCCUCUCCCGACUGCUGGCAAGAUGAGGAGCUUCCAUUUCACCUGAACGCCACAAAGAGAGACAGUCGUCCGCUGACUGAUGUUCUCUCAGUGCUGAAAUAGCUUUCACUGACGUUACUAGUACUUCAGCAGCCCCCUUUCUCUGUUUUAUUGAUUUUCAUCUCAGUCCUUUAUGGACAGUGCUGCGUGUACUUCACCAUCAGUGCCCCAAAGCACUGGCAUGUGUUGACUCUGCAUCUGCUCGCCGCGUAAUUUCUUUGUAACACUGUGAUCUAGAAAAGCGGAGACAGAGCAGUUUGAAGUGCACAACAAAACCUCAUUAGUGCCUCUGUAAUAUACAGACUUAUUAAUGUUUGAAAAAUCCAGAUGUUACGUAGAUGAUACUCAGACACGUAAUUUAAUAUAAUUACUUUUGAAUACAUUAUGGGAGUGGCAGUGAUCAAUGAGUUACAAAUAUUUACUAUUAAAAACAGUCUUGAUCACGUUUUAUUUAUUAAGUCGACCGGUUUCGACCACUACUGUGGUCAUCUUCAGACCAUUGAGUAGGAACCUCUUACUGCUGGAGAAUCAUUACUGGUUCUAGUGAUUCUCCAUCAGUAAGAGGUUCCUACACAAUGGUCUGAAGAUGACCACAGUAGUGGUCGAAACCGGUCGACUUAAUAAAUAAAUCGUGAUCAAGACUGUUUUUAAUAGUAAAUAAUUUAAUAUAAGACACAUGAGGACGCAGGUGUAGAUAAAUACCCCAAAAGUGGAUGACAAAUUUUAAAUAGGUGACGCCAACAGAUGACGUACCUCGCCGUGCGUAUAGUGAUUGGGCUUGUCGACCCACCCUCGCCCAGCAGGGGGCAGUACUUCCCAUCGCUCCGUUACCCCACUCUGUUUUCGAACAUAUUUUGUAAAAAUGUGAUCUGCUGUAAACGUAGAAGUUACAAAAUUAUUGUCCUCUCUGUAACCACGCAAAAGCUGUUCUAAUUUUCAGAUUGUACUUAUUAAAGAAUAUGUAGGUCAUUUACUUCUAUCGAUGUAAUUCGGAAACUUAUAGUUCUUUACUAUGGUAUGUUUUCGUUGCACUGAACUUUGCAGUUAACCAUCGGAGACGGCGAGACCGGUAAAUAAAACAAUAAAUCUUAACGCAAUGCAGAAAAACAGUGCCUGCCAGGUGCAAGGCUCGAACCCUGACCCCUCGUGCCAACGUCGCGCAAGUAGUUCCGGAAUACUUGACUUGGGUUGGGAUGAUCAGAUGCAACACACCAAUAGACUUCACCAUUGCACAUGCUGCGAUGUACGUCAUACGGUGACAUCACAUGUUAGCAUUAUUCACCCACUUUUGUGGUGUUCCCGAGAUUUGCGCCCCCAUGUUUCUUAUAUUAAAUAACUUGUCUCAGCUUUAUCUACGUCGCUUCGGGGGUUUUUAAACGGUAAUUAGAAUCACCCAGUAUUAUGAUAGUGAGCAAGCUCAUUUGAAGGGUACGACAUUGGACUCAUAUUUUGGAGGAAUCAUAGGUAAAUCUUGCACAGGUUUAGGUGCUUUGCAGAACUCUUGAACGGAAAUGGUUGUAGACUUACUAGCUCAUCCUUAUGGCCCGAUAUCAGUUGUGUACUAGAACUAAUCAAAUGGACUCUGUGAAAAAGCCUGCUCAGUUACCAAUGUGAAACUGCAUGGUUUGUUUGCUUGAAGGUCCAUCCCAUGAAUUGUCUAGUGGUAGGGGUUCAUUUUGACAUCAUCUACCACCCUCUAGGAAAUACUUCGUACUUUAACAUGGAUAUUCAUUCACAAAUGCUGGUGAAACCAUGGCAGCUCACUUGGCUGGGCCUAUCGUUCAACCAGCUUUCGAGUCUGCCUGACGGUCUGUGCUAGUUCUCACAGGUGCAGAUGCUGUACUUGCACAGCUAAUUGUCUUACAGAGUCUGCAUCCUUCAGCCACUGGUGCAUCCACAACCUAAAAGUCCAUUCUUCUCUGACAGGUGUAACAAAAAUCAAAAAGCAUAGUCUGUUGUGAGGCUGUUGCUUCUCCACUUCGUUGCAAAAUCACAAAUUUAGAUUUAGCUGAAACCUCUAGCACUGCUCUUUUAUGACCGGAACAGACAGUCAUCACAUCAUGUUGAACGUUCAGGAUGAAACUUUUGUUUCAUCCUGGACUCUGACAUCACACUGUUGUACACUCACGAAUCUGUAUGUCAUAAGCAAUGUAUAAAAUCACUGUGACUACUGUUUUUUUGUCGGUUUCUUCUGGCUACUUUUGAUCACGUAACAUACCAGCAAAGUUAGGUAGUCAAUUGCGGUACUGGAUGUGAAUGCAUCUGAAAAAUGGAAAUAAUUGUUUCGAUAUGUUUUCUAUAUUUCUCCUUGUAAUAAUUAUAGGUUAAAGCAAAAGUCCUUUCACACUAAUCAGAUUUCCAGGAAUAUAAUUUAUCUUUUGUGGAGGAUCUCAUUUUUUCUUUGUGUUUUAAAUUUUUUGCUUCUUCAUUAACGCAUCAUUGAAUUCUGUCUAGGAUAUUUCAACAUCCAUUCACACAUCUCCACUCUUAACCGUGUAAGUUUGAAGUGCUUUUUGCGUUACUCUUUAUUUUACCUUGUCACCCUCCAGUGUUCCUAAAGCCUCGUCAUUAUAAUUUGCUGUAAGGACUUCUAGUCAGUUCCACACAGGGGUAAUGAACUCUACAGUACCAUGUGUCCAUCUGCUUCAAACUCUUCCUUACCAUAAGCAUUUCUUGAAACAGUAAUAUAUGUACUGUUUAUCCAUCUACAUCUUCUUCAAAGUCUUCCACACUUUUAUCAUCAUCAUCAUUGUCUCACCAUCAUCAUCAUUAUCCAUUUCCACAAUAGGAUCAUGUUCUCCUUUAGACCACUCCAAAUUCAAGUAUUACCAUUUUCAACAUUAAACAUCCAUUCCAACCAGCUUACUCUAUUCAAGUCUUGGUCUCACUGCAUAGCUUUUACUCUCCAUAUUUCUCUAUAUUAGCAAAUUAACUGUCCCUCAUUUUAAUUAAGUUGUGCCAUAAAGUUCUUUUCUGCAGAAUUCAAUUCAGAACCUCUUCAUUUGCUGUUCAGCCUACCCAUCUAAUUGUCAGCAUUCUUCUAUAAUGGUAUGUUCAAACGCUUCUGUUCUCUCCAUAUCUUACUGUUUGCUGCCGAUCUUUCACUUCAAUAUAAGGCUACAUUCCAGAUAAAUGCCUUCAGAAAAGAAAACUUUUCUUGGUAUUGCCAUUCUACAUUUUAUAUCGUCCGCACUGGUGCCAUCAUUAGUUAUUUCUCUGUUCAAAUGGCAAAGCUAAUCUUCUACUUUCUGCGUUUCAUUUCCUAAUCUCAUUUCCUCACAAUAAACGAAUUUAAUCUGAAUACACCCCAUUAUAUAUCUGCUACUUUAUAACUUCUCUGAAAGACAUGAUUCAUUUCGUUCAACUAAAUUUUCAAGUCGUUUGUUGUCUAUUAAAAAGCUAAAAUAUCAUUGCCAGACCUUGAAGGUUUUAUUUCUUCUCCCUAGACUUUAAUUUCAUUCCCUUUAAUUUAUAUUUAUGGUUUCUUUAUUUUCUAGAGUUUAAAUCUAUUUGUUACUUUUAUUCAAAGCACUUCCUCUUUUACAUUCUAUUUUAUGAAUCUGUGAGGUAUCAGUUGAGCAUUUAGCACACCCUUGAGAGGCUACAAGUUCAAAACCUGGUGACCUUCACAGUUAACAGAUCACUCUCCAUGAGAUUAUGUGAAAUGGAAAAGCAGAAUCGUGCAAUAGAUAACUGACUGUCUGUAUCAAACAGAGUCACAUCUCACACAGAAAUAUUGAUAAGAGUUUCCAUUGAGCUACUUAAUGAAACUACAGAUCACUAUAACAAUCUGAUUUAUUGCAGGAUGCAUGUAUAUGAUUCUAAUCAAUAAACAAGUAAUACAAAUCAUUGGAUAAGGGUACAAGGAUGCGAAGACUUGUAAAAAAGACCUUUGCACAGGUGGGUCGGUUUGAGAUAGAAUGAUAAUGAUACAAAAACUAACUAAGUCCACGAGUGAUGAUGAUUGUUGAAUAAGUUGUUAUACCAAAGAAAAGACCCGGAAAACUACGAACAAUCAGCCGUGCUCUCGCCUGUGUGCAUACUGAGUGCGGCUAGCAGGCUAUGAAUUAGUUGAAAACAAAUAACUCUACGGUCGGCUCAUCGCGACACACACAAAUGCAACUCAUGACUCUGCUGAUAUUCAGGUGCAGAGGAUGGCUGCAGUAGUGGCUGAGAAUUCUGAGUUCCGCUCCAGUAUCUGUGAUCAGCUCUAAAGUGAAGACAUCUCUGUUCUCUCCCUGACACCUGAUGAUGAAGAAAUAUCUUUUCAUACCCUAGAAUGAAGUGGCUUUCACUUUUCCUCCACAAAAUUUAGUUGGUCGUGCCAACUUUGGAAUCUCAUAGCCAGUCACAUUGUAAAUUCUGAGUUCUGACAAAUGAAAAGUUUAUAACAAUUUGCAACAAUUUCUCUUCUUCUAAUGAAACUGCCAUGGUUAACAAAGACCACUCAGUUCUUUUUUAGAGAGGGGUAGAAGACGUAAGUUCGCUCCCACUGUCUGUGUGUUUUCAUAUACCCUCCAAUGAUAACAGCUGUAGGUGUGCACUCACAAGUUCUCCUCAUCCCAAUAACCAAAAUAAUUAAUACGAGCCAAUUUGGGCUUCCAUAAAAAAUUUAAACAUAUACACGUGUGACCACCUUUGACCCAGAAUAGCCAUCACCCAUGCUGAAUGUGCCUUGUUUUUCUCCUGAUGCCAAAGAUUUUAUUUUUUACCAAAGGGCAUUCUUUAAGCUCCUCCCUUUCUGAAAGUUUACAACAUGCUAGAAACACUCCUUCUUGGUCUGCCACUCCCUCAGCAAUCACCUCAUGUUUUUGCAUCUGUAGAAAAAACAAUGCUCUGUCCCAGCCCCUACCUCCCUAACUCCUGGCUUUCAACAGGAACAUUUUUACUGUCUGCCACACUCCCCUUUGGUGCUCUCAUCCGUUCUCGUAGCCCGCUAGCUGUCUCAUGUUGCAGAGAAACGUAAUGAAGACCUGUCAGAAUGCAGAGUUAAAGAAAAGAUUACUUACAUCGUCAGUCAUUGGUGUUAGAUUUAACUGCAUUCAUACUUUCAUGCAGAAAUAAAAAUUUAAAUGGAUCAUCAUCAUUUGAAAAUUAUUUAUUAAGAAGGUUGUGGGCCAGUUUUGGAAAGAGUGUCCCACAACAUAGCAGUAAUUAAAAUUUGUGUUGAAUGAGCUAGUCUGUGUCUCAGAGUUCUAGCUUUAUUCUGCAUCUUGCCAGCCUGUGAUCACUAGAGAUACUGAACUAUUGUGAGACUGACAUAUAAAGUAUCAUUUCUUUUCUGUUGGAUAAAAGACAACGAAACU